AUGACGGUGGACGAGUUUCCGGGCUCGGUCCAUUCGCUGGAUGUGCUGGUCUUCACCUUGGUGCUUCUGGUGCUCGCGCACACCCGCGGCUCGCCAUGGAAGCUUGCGCUCGCCGCCGCGUCGCUCGCGCUUGGCCUCCUGACCGAGCAGCUCAGCCUGCGGUUGGGAGGGACGCACUGCCACGCGAGUGGGAUUGUCAACGUCUCGACGUGCUCCUCGGCCAACUCGGUCUUCUGGUACAUUCCGUGGGUCUACACGGGCGUGACUUGUGCCCGCCGCCUGACCGACGAACGCUCGUGGGCCUUUCCUCUGCUCAGCGGUAUGCUCUUCUUCGGGCUGUGCGGAGUGUACGAAGCGCAGGGUCCGCUGGUGGGCUGGUGGCGCUGGCCGGCGGCCGAUGGCCUUGUCGCGUCUGGCUGCACCAUCUGGCAGGCGGGGCCACUCGGGCUCGACGCGCGCGGCCUCGUUGCGUCACCGCACGUGAUGGAGGCGCUCGGCGAGCGGCUCUUCGGCGUGCCGGUGAUGGCGCCCUACUUCCACUUCGCCUUCGGCUGUGGCACGGGCAUCGGCGAUGCGAUGUUGCUUUUCAUCCAGCUCACGAUCUGCUUCGUCGCGCCGCCGCAGCUGCGGGACGCCAGAGCAGCCCGAACAUUGCCACGCGUCGCGCCACCGCGUCUCGACUAUUACGACGCCGACGGCAAGUUAGUCCGGACUGACGCCAGCGGACCUGGCGAGCGGCAGCGGCGCAUUGACGAGGCGCUGGCGGCGGCGGAUGCCAAGCUGGACGCGCUUGCGGAGACGGACAACAUGCUACGCGCAAAGUCCAUGGCUGAGCUCGGUAGCCCGCCGCCAGCGCCUGACUCUGCGCCCGAACUCGGAGGCGCGCUCGCUGCUGCGCCAAAUAUCUUGGGCGCCAUCGCAGUGGGGCUCUUCCUCUUAAACGGCGUGGGCGUCUUCGGCGACGGCGGCGACUGGUUGGAGACCAAGGCCGCGUCCUUGACGGAGAAGGCGGAGAGCAUGGGACAGGUUGAAUACAAGUCGUCGAGGCAGAUCGACUAUAAGCCCAGCUUCUGA